UCCCUUGACCAUAUAUGGAUUAUACCGGUGCGCGCGAGGGGAGAGGAAAGCAUCUCGGAGAAAUUAAAACGUUUUCCUGUCAUCAGAUGAGGACAAAUUAACGUUCAUUGCUAAAUUGACAUCUCCCAUCUUAAAGGGGUAUACCAGCGAGCAGUCGCGUAGAUUUCCAUGGGCGAAGAAAAGUCUGAGGCGCACACAAACAGUCGCACGAGCAUCGCGCAUCAGUGAAUGAGAGAUCCACAGGUCGUGAACAAUCAUGUCGACGCUGCUGGAUCUGAAGAGCAGUGUACUGAGGCAGGUGCAGAGGAGCCAGUCUCUGAGGACCAGGAGAGAACCCCCGGCCGCGGCCAGCGGUGGUGAAAGUCCCCCGACGCUUGCACGGCGCCCUGGCACCAUCAUACACAGGGUUGCCAGGGGAAACGGGGAGUUCUUUGACCGCAUGAAUAAAAUCCUCCAGAAACAGGAUAGUCUGCUGUCUGCUGCCCAAACUGAGGAGGAGAGCUGUGCUCCUCCACCCCCAGAGUGUAAGGACCAGGCUUUUGUUCCAGAGAGAGCCAACAGGGAUGAGCUCGACUUGUUGUAUGAGGAGGCGAUCUAUACGGUGGUCAAUCUGGUCGGGGUGCCGUCGCCAGAGUAUGUCACCAAUGAAGGGGAAAUAUUCAGCUAUCUACAGAAGGUCUUUGAUAUGGGUCAAGAGGAACACGACAUCAUCCUGCAGAGAGUUCGAGAAUCAAAGAGAGCCAACUUCUCUCUCAGGGUCUCUGUAAUGAAAGGCAAGAAUCUGAUGGCCAAAGACGCCAAUGGCUACAGUGACCCCUACUGCAUGCUGGGAAUUCUCCUGGGACAAUCGCCCAAAGACACAGAGGAGAAGAAAGAGAGGAAGUUUAGUUUUCGUAAGAGACGGGAAAAGUUAGACAAGCGCUCCAGCGUUAAGGAAGUUCUUGCGGGAAGGGAUAUCCAAGUGACCGACGUCAAACCCGAGACCCUCAAUCCAGUGUGGAACGAACACUUUGUCUUUGAUAUUGACGAUGUUCACAAUGACCUUCUGCAUUUGGACAUAUGGGAUCACGAUGACGAUGUUUCUGUUGCAGAAGCCUGUAAGAAAAUGAAUGAAAUCAGUGGAUUCAGAGGAAUGGGAAGAUAUUUCAAGCAAAUUGCCAAAUCAGUGCGAGCCAAUGGAGCAGCUGCGUCUGGAAGUGAGGAGAAUGCUGACGACUUCUUGGGUUGCAUCAACAUCCCAUUGAAUGAGAUCCCGGUUGUUGGUUAUGAUAAGUGGUUCAAGUUGGAGCCGAGGUCCAGCGCCUCUAAAGUUCAAGGAGAAUGUCACCUGAUUCUUCGACUCUUUACCACCCAGAGAGACACAGCGCUGAGUAAAAUGGCCUCCAACGUAACCAUUCACAAGAAGAUGCUGAGCCAGAUUCUGGAGUACGAACAUAAUCAAAUUAAGAAAGAGCCUUUUAACUGGAACGGGCAGGUGUGCGUGGCCGCGUGGACCGUGCUCUCCCAUCAUGCAGUUCAGGCCGACCUCUCUCCCCUACAGCAGGCUAUCAUCCGUUGGCAGUGUUACAGCAGUCACCACCACUCUCAACGGAUGAGCUACGCGCUGCUCCUCAGACUGCUGAAAACAGUGGAGGCGGAGUGGGAGGACGCCGGCGUGCAGGGCGAGCUGGAGGGUUUCUUGGCAGAAAGCUUCAGGCUUUACUGUGAUUACUGCCUGUCUCAAAUGAAGAGCAUGCGUCAAGUGUUCCCCUGCAACAAUUCAGCUGCCAUCAUACGCUGUGAGCUUAUGCUCAGGAGUGUCGGUCACAUGCAGUCCAUGGCAGCUUUUAGAGCAGUGUGUUCAAACCGCAAUGAACUACACUUGGAAAUUGCGACAGUUAUAAAGAAAGGCACAGUUGAGUGGUAUGAAGGAAUAAUAUCAAACAUUAAACCAGAUGAAGGGACUUUGGAGGAACAGAUGAGGCGUUUGGUUCUGGUGGUUGAUGCAGUAUGUGCUGAUGUUCAGAGAGGCCAAAAUGUGUACAACAAACUAUAUUACAGCUCUGUGAAAGUCGACUUUUUCAGUAUCUCCUACCGGCAGUUAGAGAAACUUGUGGCAGAUGACGUGAGCGUCGCGAUGGAGCGGGUUUGUGGAAACCUGGAGCAGGAAAGUUCCCGGCUCACACAGACGAUGGGAGAGACCCUGUUCGAGCUCUUCAUGUCACUGAAGACCCUCAAGCGCUUCAGGGAGUUCCUGCCUCUCAAAGAUACUAAGAUGUUGGCUCUGACUGGAUUUCACAACUGGUUCAAGACCUCUAUUCACAAAUGGCUGCAGAUUGUGCAUGAAAAGUCUACUGAAAGAAUCCGCAAAGCUGUUGAAAUGGAUCAGUUGGAGCCGAUCCAUAGUCAGACGAAACACAGCUCCUCGGCGGUGGAUGUUACAGCAUGCUUCAGCCAGGUGCGAGGGUUCUGGGCCCAGCUGGCGUGGCCUGAUUCAGCGGGAGCCUUCAUUUUCAUAACACGGCUGACGGACAAUUUCUGCAGCGAGGCGGUGUGUUACGCCGAGCUGAUCAAGCGCAAGAUUGAGAGGGACCAGCUGGGAAAAGACCACAAAAGCUUCAUCGUGCAGGUUUGCAUCGCUCUGAAUAGCACCGAGCAUGUGCGGCUGUUUCUGGGGGGUCUGCCACGGGAGUUCGACUGGCGGGGGCUGGAACAGGCCAUGGAGGAGUCUUGCGGGUUGGAAGGGAAGGAACAGGUCAACAAGUCCUUGAACGGGCAGCUGUACAAUGCUGACAUUGACCUGCAGAGGGAGGCCAAACGUCUGAUCACGCACCUUACUGAUAAGAUGCUUCCUGAACUCAGAAGAUGCAUUCAACACAUCAGCCUUUCUCCAGACUCCAUUAACAAUGAUGAGGCUGUUGCUCCCCUGAUGAAGUACCUAGAUGACACUCUAGUCAUCCUCAAUGAGUCCCUGGUUAAAGACAAUCUAACAAGGGUUCUGCAGAGCCUGUGGGAGCUGCUCCUGCGGAUGAUCCUUGACACUGUGGCAGAGAAUAGGGGCGUCCAAGUGGAAUUCUACACACGGUUCCAGUACACAGUAGAGGCACUGGUGCAUUUUUUUCACGCUGACGGAGACGGGCUGCUCCUGGAGGAUCUUAAAAGUGGAGAUUAUAAGGCCCUGGACGAGGAGCUGCGUCUGAACAAAUGCUCGUCCUUUGAGCUGAUCGAGCAGUAUUUCCUGGAGAAAAUCUCCCAGCAGAGAAUCCUUAAGCACAGUCGGUUCGGUCGUAUCAGUGUGAAGUGUUACUACGAUGCCCCUGAGCAAAGACUUACUGUGGAGAUACUGCAUGCAGCCGAUCUCAUUGCUCUGGAUGCUAACGGGCUCAGCGACCCGUUUGUCAUAGUGGAGCUCUGUCCUCACCAUCUCUUCCCCACGUCGCGCAGUCAGCGUACUCAAGUGAAGCUCAAAACCUUGCAUCCAGUUUUCGAUGAGCUUUUUUACUUCCAUGUCAGCCCAGAGCAGUACAGACACAGAUGUGCCUGUCUGACCUUCACUGUGAUGGACUAUGAUUGGUUGUCCACCAACGAUUUUGCCGGCGAGGCUGUAGCUCCACUGAGUGACUUCUGCUGGCCGGGCAGACCGAGCGCCACACCCGCUGGAAAGACCCUUCAGCCUGUCAUCCUGCAUUUGUCCCGCCAAAAACCAAGCGAGAAGCCCAUCAUGAAGAUGCUGGAGGCUAGAGUAGGAGACCGAGAGGCACAAGAGUUUGUGCGGAAGCUGAAGGAGAUCGAGAAGUCAAUGGAGGAAGAGUAAUAUUUCCCCUGUAGUGCACGUACUGUUCUGUACUUCUGCUGGUGGUCUUUUUUACCUGUUGUACUAUGUUUACUCUUCAAGUUCAAACUCUUUUAAAUGUGUAUUUUUAACUGUUGUCCAAAAAAGGUAAAUGAUCAUGUUUGAAGAUCAGUAUUUUAUCACUGUUUUAAUGUUAAAGCCCUCCUGAUGGAGCUUCUUGUUAAUAGACUGUAUGAUUAGUAGUAGAACGGUCUAUUUUGAAAGGAAGAUUUUUGAUUUGUAUUCUAACGUUUACCUGAGACGUUGAUUAAGACUUGAACUCAGAAAACCUGGAGCCUUGAAAUACUCAACGCAGAGACAGUAUACACAGAUGUUUACUUGGAGGAAGUACACUAAUAGACUUUCUGUAUAUGCGUUGGUUUUUAGAGGCCAUGUACACACUUGUCACUUAUGGUGGUUUACAAAAGUUUCCAAUAGCUGACAAAACAGAACUAAUGGCAUUAAACAUUUGCAAAUUCAGGUGUGACUUCUGUAUUACGUGCACACACAAACUAAUGCUAAAGAGCAGUGGUUCUCAAACUUUUCAGAUCAAGUACCACCUUUAAUAAAAUUAGUUGUUCCAUGCACCACCUAAUGACCGCCAUAGAAAACACACGAAUAAAGACUCAAAUUAAAAGCUGACUCUUUAUCUUUACACUUUGUCCUCCAAAUCUAAUGUAUUAUUAAUAAUACAAACACUUUUUUAUUUACCAUCUGUUUUUUCCAUGUUUUUCAAGUGAGUCAGCAGUAAUAGUGGACACAAAACACUUUUCUGUAGUGCACUGGAAACAGGGCUCUGUAAAUGACUUUUAAAGUCCCCGUGAACUGGAAGUUUUUACGUCCAUAUUUUGACGCAUUUCGUCUUUCUCUGCGAUUUGAUUGGAUGUAUAAAAACAGCCGUUGCAUUUUGAAAUGGAACUGGGAGCAGACUGACAGUUGAAGGGGAGGAGUUAACAGAUGCUCCGCCCAAGCCGUCUUACGUCAUUUAAGAUGGAUAGUCAUUACAGGAAGGAAGUCCAUUUUCAGAUUUUACCUUAAGAUUAUGAGGGCACACAAAUUUUAAAAAGAGAAUGACCCACAUUGAUAAACUAUUUACAAUAAACGCUGCAAUAUUUUUUGAAAAAAUAGGCAUUGUCAUUUUUUAUUUCACUGGGACUUUAAGGGGGAUUUAUUAACUUUGUGGGGACUUGCAGAAAGACUCCAAACCUAUAUUAAAGACAAACAAUGUGGAAAGUAUAGGCCUAUUUAACACAGAAGAUAAAUAUAUGUAUACUUAAACAUCAAGGGAAGGGCUAUAUACAAUAUAACAAACAGAGACUCACACUUCACUGCAGCAGUUUUUAUCAAAGUAAUGCCUCAAAACUAAUCGUAACGCUCGCUUCAUUGAUUUAACCUCUAGUAGAUGCAGACACGUGUUGAACUAGCGCAGUUCAAGUGCAGAAAUACACAAGAAACUUAAUUUACACGCAGCUCAUCGGAAGAGAGAGAGAGACUCGCAAGCGUCUGUCUGCUCCCGCUCUGUGUUUCAGCUGCCUGUCAUGCGCCCGAGUUACAUCGACAAAAGAUCAAUAAACAAUAAUUCAUACAACUAUAUUAAAAUUGCACAUAGGCUGAGAUGUAUUCCGUAUUUAUAUUCAACAUUUGAAAUUGUAUUUAAAACACAAAAUGCAAAUUAAUAUAUAGAGUUUUUAAUUUCCUGUCGUGGCACGUACCCCCAGGGGUCUCUUCAGGUACCGCGUACCACAGUUUGAGAACCACUGCUAUAGAGGAUUCACACCCAAAUCUAAGUGCAGUUCUCCUAAAUCAUGUGUAUACCUGGCCUAAGCAAGAAAGUCAAGAAAAGUCUGGUGAAUUCUUCACAUAACCAUACAGCAGAUAAUGAUACGAUAAUGUUUACUUUAUUAUUAAUGAAAGUGUUUUCUGUUCACUCUUAUCAAGGAAAAUACUACAGAAAAGUCGCUAAACUGUGAAUGUUAAGUAUUUGUCCAUGAAUCACACGUUGGAUUGUGUUGAGAUUUAACCGUAGCAUUUCCGUAAGAUGUUGUCUUUCCUGAAGAAUGUAUUUGUUAAUGCCAAGUGGUUCUUUGAGUUACGGGUGUCAGUGUUCAUAUGGUUCUCUUCUAUUGUGUUUCUCGCUGCCAGAGUUAAUCGUUUUCAUUGGCAGUAAAACAGGUUAUGAUGUAAGAACAUUUUUCACAUCGCAAAUGCUUUUCAGCACCACCUUUUGAAUGUCUAGGUAUUUCUGUGAUAAAAGCUGGACUCUUGUAACAAUUCCCGUGGCAUUGAUCUCUUCUCUACAUUAUCUCGUAAUAGAGCACCUCUUGGUGUUGUACAUUUCUUCACCAGCAUUUCUCUUCUUUUGACCUUCACACUUGGCUUCACCUCCUGGUGAGUGACAACCACGUGAUAUUAGCCUGAAGACCACAUUUGAUUACAAAUGAAGGCCGAAGGAUGGUGAAACAUACCGCAACACCCAGCAACAGUGAUGUUACUGCUCUACUUGAAACAUACUGAAGAAUGUGAAAUAUUAACAACAGCUCUCUGUUCUCUUUGUGACUCAAAUAAUGGUGUAUAUGCUGUGUGUGUGCAUGCACGUGUGUGGCUGCGUGCACCUUGAUUUCAAUAAAGAAACAAUAAGAGUUGAAAGUGCUUAUUG